GCAGGGUCGUGCAACGCGGGCUCGAAGUAUCAUCGGCGUCGUCAGGGGGGUGCACUACCGGAAGCGGCGGCGGCGGCGGCGGAGAUGGGGCGCGUCCCGUGCUGCGAGAAGGACAACGUGAAGCGCGGACAGUGGACGCCGGAGGAGGACAACAAGCUGCUCUCCUACAUCACGCAGUACGGCACGCGCAACUGGCGCCUCAUCCCCAAAAACGCCGGGCUGCAGCGGUGCGGCAAGAGCUGCCGCCUCCGGUGGACCAACUACCUCCGGCCCGACCUCAAGCACGGCGAGUUCACGGACGCCGAGGAGCAGACCAUCAUCAAGCUGCACUCCGUCGUCGGCAACCGGUGGUCGGUCAUCGCCGCGCAGCUCCCCGGGCGGACCGACAACGACGUCAAGAACCACUGGAACACCAAGCUCAAGAAGAAGCUGUCCGGGAUGGGCAUCGACCCCGUCACGCACAAGUCCUUCUCCCACCUCAUGGCCGAGAUCGCGACCACGCUGGCCCCGCCGCAGGUCGCGCACCUCGCCGAGGCCGCGCUGGGCUGCUUCAAGGACGAGAUGCUCCACCUCCUCACCAAGAAGCGCCCCACCGACUUCCCCUCGCCCGCCGUGCCGCCCAACAUCUCCAUGGACGGCGCUGCCGCCGCGGGGAUCGGCGCGCCCUGCGGCUUCCCCGCCGCGCCGCCGCAGCAGGCCGACGACACCAUCGAGCGCAUCAAGCUGGGCCUGUCCCGCGCCAUCAUGAGCGAGCCCGGCGCCGGCGCUUGCGCGCCCACUGACAAGCAGCAGCAGCAGCCCUGGGCACCGGCCGACAUGCCCGAGGGGCUGGCGGGGAUGUACGCCGCGUUCAACCCCGCCGCGCACGGGCAGGACGAGUUCCGGUACGACACCGGGGCGGUGCCGGACUACGUCCUCGGCGGCAGCGGCGGCGAGGCGGACCAGGGCACGUCGAUGUGGAGCCACCAGAGCUUGUACAGCGGGAGCUCGGGCACCGAUGCGGCGGCCAGGCCGGCGACGGCAUUGCCGGAGAAAGGCAACGACAGCGUCGGCAGUAGCGGCGGCGGCGACGAGGAGGCGGACAACGUCAAGGACGGCGGGAAGGGCGACGGCUCCGACAUGUCCGGCCUGUUCGGAUCCGACUGUGUACUCUGGGACUUGCCUGAUGAGCUGACCAAUCACAUGGUGUAACUAAUAUCAAGAUCAAAGAACAGCAUUUUCAGGAUUAAACUGAAAUGAAGAAGUAACCGAGCAAAAUAUGCUGAAAAAAAGAGAGGGAGUUAUAAACUUAGAAUAAGGAGUAUGAAAAUCAUGUAUAUUUUGCCACGUGAAAAAGGAGAAUGUGCAUAUAUAGAACAGAGGAGUUUUAUUUGGAGUCCUCUGUUGC